UUCACUGAUUUUCAUUCCAGUUAUUGCAACCAAUUCAAAAAUGUGCGAAGUAAUUGUAGGAGUUGUCAGAUUUCUUUUUUGGAUGUUCCACGCUUUUAUCUUUUACGAGAUCAACCGAUUUUACCCAGAUCAUACACCAGAAACUGAACCCGGAUCUGUAACCGUAACAGCCCAUUCACCUGAAACGGAAGGAUCACCUAGACAUAACCAGGAAAUAACCGUAGUCUCUCAACCAGAAAGGCCAUCUGCUCUCGAUGGUCCUCCUUCAUGUAACGAUCCUGAACACACGAAACUCCAUCAUUCCACGGCGACCGAUAAUAGAAUCGAAGACUAUGUUGAAAUACUCGAAGAAGAACACCAAGAAAUGCGUAAAGAAAUUUACCAUUUUCAGCAAAAAUUUCAACAAUUAAGUUUUAUCAUGACGGGCUUGGAGGAGAUGCAGUACGAAAAUGAAGAACUCAAACAAGAAGUAGCUUCCAUGCGGACUAAUGUAUUUGAGCAGGUACAACAGCGUCGGCUCAUCGAGACUCAGCUUAGAAAUGAGAUUACUGACCUGCAAAGAAACUUAGAGGCCGCAAAGAAUGAAAGUAAAGACCUUCUCCAUAAACUUUCAGUAUUUGAACAAACUAGAAAUGAAAUUCUCGAAUCGAACCUGAAAACCGCUAAUGAGGUUCUCCAUAGCACGGCAGUUGGCAUUUCUCAGUUGCAAAACGAACUACCUGAGGCGCCAAAGAAUUAUCAUGGCAUAUCGAAAUCUUCACCCCGUGUCAAUAAAGGAACAACUGAGAGAGCAUCAUCUUUGCGCGCGACUGCCAUGAAAUGGCAAUUGGAUUGCCAAUCAAGUGAGUUCAACCUAAUUAAGGAGAAUGCAGAUUUAACGAAAAAACUGUCAACUUUGCAAGAAAAAUACCAAAACGAUCUUGCCUUAAAAACAGCCAAACUUAAGCGUGUCAGCGAAGAUAACCAAUCGCUUAAAACAACUCUAGAUUUUGUAAUAGAAACACUCAACACAAAGGUGUGUCUUAUGGAUAAACUGACAACCGAAUUAAACGGUUUCAAAACUAAGCAUCAAGAAGAAUCUUCCAUCCGCGAGGAAAAGGAAAAUCUUAAAGAACAGGUUGCAUCUUUGCGAGCGACUGUCACGAAAUGGCAAUCGGUUUGCCAAUCAAAUGAGUCCAGCCUAAUUAAGGAGAAUGCAGAUUUAACGAAAAAACUGUCAACUUUGCAAGAAGAAUACCAAAACGAUCUUGCCUUAAAAACAGCCGAACUUCAUCGCGUCAGCAAAGAUAACCAUUCUCUGACAGUAACCUUUGAUUCAGCGAUCGAAACACUCAAUGCAAAACUGUAUCUUAUGGAUAACCUGAAAGCCGAGUUAGACGAUUUGAAAACUAAGCAACAAGAAGAAUCUUCCGUCCGCGAGGAAAACGAAGAUCUUAAAGAGCAGGUUGCAUCUUUGAGGGAAACGGAAUUAAAGCUGAUGGAUGACAAAGAGAUUUUGAAAGCAAAGCUGAAUUCUUUGUAUUCAAAACAGCGCAACAUGAUGCAUGCAAAGGAAGCUGCCGAGCAGGCUGCAGAAGAAGAGAAAUCUUUGGUGAAAAAACACCUGUCAACCAUAGCUUGGCUAAAAUCUGAUCUAGAAUCAGCCAAUAAGACCAUACAUGACAAAAUACUUGAGAAUGAUCAACUACGUGAUGAGCUUGCAAAAUUAAAAGCGCUUAGUGCCGAAUUAGAAAAACAAAACAAAGAAAUAAAGAUCGACAUGGAAAGACUGAACGGAUCUGUUCGUAAACGAAAAUCUGAUUGGCAUUUGAGCGAGCUCAAACUCAGCGAAAGUAAUGAAGACUUAAAGAAGAAACUAGGUCGGCUACAGACCGAAAACCAGCGACUAUUGGAGAAAAAUAGUCUGGUAAAAUCUGACCUUGAGACAGCCAAUAAGGAAAUGAACAAUUUGCGCGAAACUCUCGCCGCGAAAGAGUACGAAACUAUUGAAUUCCGCAAAGAGCUUGAAACCCUGCGCACAGAAAGCGAGAGGAUGAUGGAGAGCUGUAAAGCGACCUCGCUUUCAGACCAACAACCAGGAGAAUUAAUCAAAGAACACCGUGAGUGCAACGGGCUACUGGAAACGCAAAUAGAUCUAGGCAUAUCAGAGAGUUCUGUUCGAAGCCCAUCAUCUCAAUUGGAAUCGAAUGUCGAUGUGAACCACCAACCAUGUGCAGAAAUGCAAGAACUACUACAAACCAAGAUACAAGCCCUAGAGGCUGAAAACAAGAACUUAACAUUCUCGAUUGCGGUGAUGCAACAGGCGGAAGAAGAGUCGCAAAAAACUAUAAAAGGUCUGAUGAUGCAAUACCGACUAGCUUUGCAAAAGAAUGAGGCUGUAAUCCAGGCCACCCUUAAAGCAGAACAAGCAGCUAAAGAGCAAGCGGACGCGCUCUCUGAAGCCCUCACUGCUUCGGGGGAAGACUCAACGGAAGAAAGCGGUAUCGUCGUAGUAGAGAAUAUUGACGAGAUAGGCAGUACGGACCUCACGCAAAAAGACGCAGAUUUCACCGAGAAGAAGACAGGGUCUAGGUUCAAACGAUGGCUGAAGAAGUGUGAAUUUCGAAAGCCUAAAGUCCCGCAAGACAGCGGUGUGAUUAAGACUCCAUAA